AUGGCCCAGUCCUCCGACUCGGAGCCAUUGGUCUCCCUGUGGACCAGAUCCUUACUUUCGGGCGCAGUAGCCGGCCUUACCGUCGACUGCUCUUUGUACCCCUUGGAUACCAUCAAAACGCGCCUUCAGAAAGCCCGGCUCCAUACGCCAUCGGCCCCAGCUCCCAGCCUGUCCUUGAAGCAAACCAUCCGCGGAAUCUACGCCGGCCUCCCCUCCGUCCUCUUUGGCUCCGCCCCCUCCGCGGCCUCCUUCUUCAUAGUCUAUGACGGCGUUAAACGCUCGCUCCUGACAUCCUCGAAUUCGGAGGCUCCGUCCCGCACCCAUGUCCUCCUCACACAUUCGCUUGCCUCUUCGAUGGGAGAAGUCGCCGCGUGCGCCGUCCGCGUGCCCACAGAAGUGGUGAAACAGCGCGCGCAGGCCGGUCUCUUCGGCGGCUCCAGUCUGCUCGCCCUGAAGGAUAUUCUCGCUCUGCGCCAUCCGGAUCCAACCAGCGGUGCCAAGCGCGGCUACGGACAAGUACUUCGGGAGCUGUACCGCGGUGCGGGGAUCACCAUCGCGCGAGAGAUCCCCUUCACCGUCCUGCAGUUCACUAUGUGGGAGUCGAUGAAGGAGGCGUACGCCAAGCGUUCGCAGCAGCAGUCCGGAGGCCAGAUCCCGGCCGCCACGAGUGCCAUGUUCGGUAGCGUUGCCGGUGCCAUCUCGGCGGGGCUCACGACGCCGCUGGACGUCAUCAAGACGCGAGUCAUGUUGGCUCGUCGGGGCGAUGGUGCGGCCGGAGAGGAAAGUGCUCGCGUGCGCAUCAAGGACGUGGUGCAGGAUAUCUCCAAGGAAGGGAUGGGAGCUUUCUGGAGAGGUAUCGGCCCGCGCGUGGCUUGGAUUGGUAUCGGUGGCGCGGUGUUCCUGGGCAGCUACCAAUGGGCUUGGAAUACUCUGGAAAGAAAGGAUCAAUCGGAACAGUAG